AUGGACGCGGCGGCGGAGAUCCAGAAGGUGGCGAGCAUGCGCCUGGACGGCGGCUUGCGGUCCGGGUCGUCCUCGGCGUGGUGGCGCGCGCCCGACGUGUUCUCGCGCUCCUCGUCGCGGAGGGAGGACGGGGACGACGAGGAGGAGGCGCUGCGAUGGGCCGCGCUCGAGAGGCUGCCCACCUGCGACCGCGUCCGCCGCGCCAUCCUCCCGCUCGGCGAGGGCGGGGAGACGGGCGCGCACGCGCAGCAGGUGGUGGACGUGCUCGGCCUCGGCCCGCGCGAGCGCCGGGCGCUUCUGGAGCGCCUCGUGCGCGUCGCCGACGAGGACAACGAGCGAUUCCUGCUCAAGCUCAAGGAGCGCGUCGAGCGGGUCGGGAUCGACAUGCCCACCAUCGAGGUGCGGUUCGAACACCUCAAGGCGGAGGCGGAUGUGCGCGUCGGCACCAGCGGCCUCCCUACCGUCCUCAACUCCAUCACCAACACGCUCGAGGAGGUCGCCAGCGCGCUGCGCGUGCACCGCAGCAGGAAGCAGGCGAUGCCUAUCCUCCACGACGUCAGCGGCAUCGUCAAGCCCCGCAGGAUGACUCUGCUGCUAGGCCCGCCCGGGUCAGGCAAAACCACCUUGCUGCUCGCCUUGGCCGGGAGGCUCGAUAAAGAUCUCAAGGUUUCAGGCAAAGUGACAUACAAUGGGCAUGGGAUGGACGAGUUUGUGCCGGAGAGGACAGCUGCGUAUAUCAGCCAGCAUGACCUUCACAUUGGGGAGAUGACUGUCAGGGAGACGCUUGAAUUCUCUGCACGCUGUCAAGGUGUUGGCAGUCGCUUUGAUAUGCUGACGGAACUUUCAAGGCGUGAGAAGGUGGGAAACAUCAAGCCCGAUGCCGAUAUUGACGCAUUCAUGAAGGCUUGUGCAAUGCGGGGACAAGAGGCUAAUGUGAUCUCUGACUAUAUACUGAAGAUAUUAGGUUUAGACAUAUGUGCAGACACGAUGGUGGGGGAUGAGAUGUUGAGGGGCAUCUCCGGUGGACAACGGAAGCGUGUCACAACAGGUGAGAUGCUUGUUGGUCCAGCCAAUGCGCUGUUCAUGGAUGAAAUUUCGACUGGGCUUGACAGCUCGACUACAUUCCAGAUCAUAAAGUCACUUAGACAGGCUAUCCACAUCCUCGGUGGCACGGCUCUCAUCUCCUUGCUGCAGCCUGCGCCCGAGACAUAUGACCUUUUUGACGACAUCAUACUGCUCUCGGACGGGCAGAUUGUGUAUCAGGGGCCUCGAGAAGGCGUGCUCGAAUUCUUCUGGUCUCUUGGGUUCAAGUGUCCUGAGAGGAAGGGUGUGGCUGACUUUCUGCAAGAAGUGACUUCCCGGAAAGAUCAGAAGCAGUACUGGGGGCGGCACAACAAACCAUACCAAUACGUGUCGGUUAAGGAAUUUGCAUGUGCGUUCCAGUCUUUCCAUGCUGGGAGAGCUAUAGCAAACGAGCUAGCUGUUCCUUUCGACAAGAGCAAGAACCACCCCGCUGCUUUGACCACCUCGAGGUAUGGUGUCAGUGCCAGAGAGCUGUUGAAAGCAAACAUCGACCGGGAAAUCUUGCUUAUGAAGAGGAAUUCCUUCGUCUACAUCUUCAGAACUUUGCAGUUGAUGAUGGUGUCCACAAUGGCAAUGACUCUCUUCUUCCGUACGAAGAUGCACCGUGACUCAGUGACUGAUGGGCGUAUCUACUUGGGUGCACUCUUCUUUGCAGUGAUCAUGAUCAUGUUCAAUGGAUUAUCCGAGCUUGCACUCACCAUCAUUAAGCUGCCAGUGUUCUUCAAGCAGAGAGAUCUCCUCUUCUUUCCAGCAUGGGCCUACACCAUACCCACAUGGAUCCUCAAGAUCCCAAUCUCUUUUCUUGAGGUUGGUGGGUUUGUUUUCAUGUCAUACUAUGUCAUUGGGUUUGAUCCAAAUGUAGGCAGGUUCUUCAAGCAGUACCUCCUUUUGUUAGCAGUCAACCAGAUGGCAGCAUCACUCUUUCGAUUCGUUGGUGGGGCAGCAAGGAACAUGAUUGUUGCAAACGUCUUUGGAUCAUUCAUGCUGCUAAUUUUUAUGGUGUUGGGCGGAUUUAUUCUAGUAAGAGAUAAAGUGAAGAAGUGGUGGAUAUGGGGUUACUGGAUCUCUCCAUUGAUGUAUGCCCAGAAUGCCAUCUCAGUAAAUGAGAUGUUGGGGCACAGCUGGGACAAAAUUAUGAAUAGCUCUGUGUCAAAUGAGACCCUAGGUGUGCAAUCCCUGAAGUCCCGUGGAGUCUUCCCAGAAGCAAAGUGGUACUGGAUCGGCUUAGGUGCAUUGCUUGGAUUUGUAAUGCUCUUCAAUUGUCUCUUCACUCUUGCACUGGCAUACCUGAAGCCAUAUGGUGAGUCCCAUCCAUCAAUAUCUGAAGAGGAACUGAAGGAAAAGUAUGCAAACCUCAAGGGUAAUGCUCUGGCUGAAGAUAGCUUGGCACUGGGAAGUAGCCAUCGAGCAACAGUUGGCAUCACUGGAUCCGGUUCAGCAACUGCUGAAAAUCAUUCUUGCACUAGGGGUAUGGUCCUUCCAUUUGCCCCGCUUUCUCUCACUUUCAACAACAUCAAGUACUUUGUUGACAUGCCACAGGAAAUGAAGACACAUGGUGUAGUCGAGGACCGGUUAGAGCUCCUUAAAGGUGUCAGUGGAUCUUUCAGACCAGGAGUGUUGACUGCACUGAUGGGUGUCAGUGGUGCUGGCAAGACAACUCUAAUGGAUGUGUUGGCUGGGAGAAAGACCAGUGGUUACAUUGAAGGAAAUAUCAGAAUUUCAGGAUACCCAAAGAAACAAAAAACCUUUGCACGUGUGUCAGGAUAUUGUGAACAGAACGAUAUCCACUCGCCCCAGGUGACAGUCUAUGAGUCGCUACUUUUCUCAGCGUGGCUCCGCCUUCCUAAGGAUGUAGAUUCAAACACCAGAAAGAUGUUCAUUGAGGAGGUCAUGGAGCUUGUGGAGCUCAAGCCGUUGAGAAAUGCUUUGGUGGGGCUUCCUGGUGUGAAUGGUCUGUCAACUGAGCAGAGGAAAAGGUUGACCAUUGCUGUGGAGCUGGUUGCAAAUCCCUCAAUCAUUUUCAUGGAUGAGCCAACCUCUGGCCUUGACGCCCGGGCAGCUGCAAUUGUUAUGAGGACGGUGAGGAACACUGUCGAUACAGGUAGAACUGUGGUCUGCACGAUUCAUCAGCCUAGCAUCGACAUAUUUGAAGCAUUUGAUGAGCUUUUCCUUAUGAAGCGAGGAGGAGAAGAGAUCUAUGUUGGUCCACUAGGUCAUCGUUCUUCUGAGCUGAUUAAGUAUUUUGAGGGAAUUCAAGGAGUCAGGAAAAUUAAAGAUGGCUACAAUCCAGCAACAUGGAUGUUAGAAGUAACAACAGUCUCUCAAGAACAGACACUAGGUGUUGAUUUCAGUGACCUAUACAAGAAAUCUGAACUCUACCAGAGGAACAGGGCCUUGAUACAAGAGUUAAGCGAACCGCCAGCAGGUUCAAGCGACCUUCAUUUCCGUAACCAGUACUCACAAUCUUUCUUCAUGCAAUGCUUGGCUUGCCUGUGGAAGCAGAACCUCUCAUAUUGGAGGAACCCUGCUUACAAUGCCGUUAGGCUAUUUUUCACCACCAUCAUAGCCCUUAUCUUUGGCACCAUCUUCUGGGACCUUGGUGGUAAAAUGGGGCAACCACAAGAUUUGUCCAACGCCAUGGGGUCCAUGUAUGCUGCAGUGUUGUUCAUCGGCGUCUUGAAUGCUAUGUCUGUUCAGCCAGUGGUCUCUGUGGAGCGGACUGUGUUUUACCGCGAAAGAGCCGCCGGCAUGUACUCGGCUUUGCCAUAUGCAUUUGGACAGGUUACCAUUGAACUCCCAUACACUUUGGCCCAGGCCAGCGUCUAUGGGAUCAUAGUGUACUCAAUGAUCGGGUUCGAAUGGACGGCGGCAAAAUUCUUCUGGUACCUCUUCUUCAUGUACUUCACCUUCCUCUACUUCACAUUCUACGGCAUGAUGGCUGUCGGCCUGACGCCGAGCUACCAUGUGGCCUCGAUCGUCUCCUCGGCUUUCUAUGCCAUCUGGAACCUCUUCUCCGGAUUCAUCAUCCCGCGACCGAAAGUUCCAAUCUGGUGGAAAUGGUACUGCUGGGCGUGCCCUGUGGCGUGGACGCUGUACGGGCUGGUCGUGUCGCAGUUCGGCGACAUCACGACGGCGAUGGACAACGGCGUCCCCGUGAAUGUCUUCGUCGAGAAGUACUUCGGCUUCAAGCACAGCUGGCUGGGCGUGGUGGCCGCCGUGGUCGUGGCGUUCGCCGUGUUAUUCGCUUGCCUUUUCGGCUUCGCCAUCAUGAAGCUCAACUUCCAGAGGAGGUAGCGACGGUACAUGUACAUGCAACGUCUUGCAAGUAGAAUUGCAUCCAUUGGUUUGCAAAUACAUAGUGAUUUGUGCAUAUUCAGUGCAGCAUACCAAAUGUUUGACUUCGCUAGUGAUACUGUAAAGCUAAA